AGCUUGGUGGCGGUGAUGGCGGGCGGGGGCUGAGAGGAGCGGGAUAGGACGGGGGGUGCGAGCCCCGACAGCGUCUGAGGGCAGCGGGGCGGGACCCCCGGCUCCGGAGGGGGACCUCAGCGGGAGGGGAGCGAGCGAGGACGGAGGGGGAGCAGGGCCGAGGCUCUGCAUGAGGGGAGCGAGGGUCCGGCCCAGGCCUCGGACUCAGGGGAGCUGUGAGGAGGGAGCAGCCACUUCCUGAGGGGGGAGCGACUGACACUGCCUGAAGGGAGUAGCCCUGGGCUCGGGGGAACUGUGAGGGAGCAGCCCCUGCCUCAAGGGAGCAGCUGCUGCUUGAGGGGGGAGCAGCCCCAGGCUCAAGGGGGCUGUGAGAGAGCAGCUCCAGGCUCAAAGGUGCAGCCCUGGACUCAAGGAAGCUGUGAGAGAGCAGCCCAAGACUCAGGAGAACAGGCCCGGACUCGGGGAAGCUGUGAAAGAGCAUACCCGGGCUCAGGGGAAUAGCCCCAGACUCAAGGGAGCCGUGAGGGAGCAGCUCCUGGCUCAGCGGAGCUGUGAGGGAGCAGCCACCUGCAUCAGCGACCCCAGCUUAGCUGCCACGAUGUCAUUGCCAUUCCGUUCAGUGCCGCUGAACAGCCUCUCCACGGGCACACUGACCCCCAUGAAGGAGCUGCUGAAGGGCCAUUGCCCCCUUGAAGCUACCACAGGGGUGGAGGUGAGGCCAAGCCGGGGGGCGAAACGUCGGGCGUGCGCACCACUCACCACAGAGAGCCCGGCCAAGGUGUUCCAGCGCAUGAAGGCACAGCGUCAGGGCAGGCUGCCAGCCCCGAAAGGCCCCGACAGCAUUCUCACACCCCAAGCACAGCGCAGCAGGAAGGCGGCACUGGGAAGGCAGGAACAACCCACAGCAGCAGGCAAGCCACCUGUCAGAGAAUCACUUUGCACUCUGUUUCCUGAGAACCGGACCACGAAAGCACUAGCCAUAGACCCUCUCAUCUUGGAAUCCCCUCAGAAGUUCUUCCUGCGUGUAAAGCAGAAACUGCAGCAGCAGCGAAAAGGGGCAGACCCAGCACCUUCAGACCCAGUCAGUCAGAACAUUCCUUCUUCCAAACCUACCGAAAAUCCAUUGAUCAGAUCCACUGUUGCUGAGCCACUCAGGAAUGAACCCACAGAGCGCGUGGCCACUGCUGAGGCUGAUGAGGAUAAUUUCCUUGUGGAAUCAAUGGAUGCCGAUGAUGAAAUGUCUCAAAAUAGUUACGUGAAUUUGGGCCCAACCCCUUUUAAAGAGGGGGAUCGGUUAGAAAAAAGGCAGGAAAACGAAGAAACAAAACGUGCUGAACUUCAUCAAGACAGAAGAGAGUUGAAGCCAAGGAAAAAGCCUCCUGGACUAGAAAAGAAAUCGGAGACAAAUUCUCAAAAGCCCUCACAGUGCUUGUGCAGCAUUGUGGUCUCUUCUCCCAGAGUCCACGUUCCAAGGAAGCCAAAGCUGAAAGGAGGCUGUAAAGUCCCUUCAGAAAAACCUCAUACAGAUCAAGAUGCUGGCAAAGCAGACAAAGAGAAAGCGAUCUGCCUAACCAGCUGGAGAAUUAAAGUGAUGGAUGGUAACACUGCAAUAUUUGUUGAAGGGAAAAGGAGAGAUAUGAAAGAUACGUGCUGGCAGAGUAAUGCUGUUGUGGAGCGGAUAGCGCGCAACCGAGUAAGAACAGUGUCUGGCAGCAUCUACUGGCUGCAGGGAAACAUGGACUCUGCUACCAUGAGGAGAGAAGGGUUUCCCCACCGUUUCAUCAAGAGAUUUCUAUACGGAUUUUCCAAAAUGUGGAAGCAAUACGUAGACGAGCUUCUUGAAGAAAGAAGGAGGAAAGAACAAAAUCACAGUAGUGGUGAAGACAAAACCAAGGAGAAUGACUCAGUGGCGGGCCCAGAUGUGUUGGAAAACGCAGAGGAUUCAGUGAGAGAUGUAAGGAAUGACACUUAUGAUGUAUUGCCAGAGAGCAAUGAAAACAUCUAUACAACACCAAAGCUCAGAUCCACAUCGAAUGAUCCCAGCAGGACUUACACUCGUAGUGGCCGACUUGUUAAACCACCGUUAAAUUUCUGGUGUGGGCAGCGUGAGUUUGUGGAUCAGAACCUGAACGUCACUAUCCAAGAAGGGGGAGUGGAUUAUCUGAGCAUGAUGCUCAGUAGUGAAAAAGCCCAAAGACUGACCAAUUCCAUCUCUAAGAAUAAAGGAAAGGAAGCAAUGGGAACAACAGAAGAAACACCGAAAAACCCAAGUAAAGAGAAAAGCAGUGAAAAGGGAGCAAAUUCCAAGAGAGACAGCAAGCCCGCUGGAAGCAAGGAGGCCAGGCACUUAGUUUCAGAUGAUGAUGGAAGCAAUAGCACAAAUGUUAAAAACCAGCUUUCUGCUAGGCUGGCUCCCUUAAAUACUGAAUCAGCAAACAAGCACAGGUAUAAUAGCAGAAUCCCAGGAACGGCGAAGAAAAAGAGAGGGUCAGAACGCAGAGAACUGACUGUGUAUCAACAGGCUUACAAGUACUCUUUAAGGUCAGCCAAACGGCGUCCGCAAAAGAAGCUUUUACCGGAAGCACUGCCAAGCAGGGAUGAGGAGGAGGGAUCCAGUGAGGAUGUCCCGCUGUCCAUCAAAAGGAAAACUAAACCUUUGCUUAAAAGAGAGACGCAGAGCUCUCAAUCCUCCUCUAACUGCAAAAGCUCACAGAACAACACAAACAGAGUGGCACGCAACCAAAGGGCAGCAGACCUCUCUCCUGCCUCCUGCAAUGUCCCGUGGAGGGAAAGCAUGCCCACAUCUCUCAGUGGUUCCGAUUUGCUUGAAGGAAGAACCCCUCCCAGUGAGUCCAGUGCUGCUCAUUUGCCCAGCAGGGAAAUGAGGACAAGCAGCAGAAUCAACCCUCCGAGGUAUUUUGUGGAGUCUGACUCAGAGAGCAGUGAGGAGGAGUUUCAAGUAAGAGAGAAGAAUUCAAAAGUACCUGAUAAAAAGAGAAAUGGUAAAGUUUAUACCACUGCCAAGUCUUCAGCAGCAAAACUGAGAGAGCCUGAGAAGGAGAAGGUGCGGAAAUCCCUAGAACUCUUCCCACGGGCAGCAGAUGGUUGGUCUGAGAGGGAAUUACAGAAGCUCCACAGGGCCGUGGCUUCGUUCCCGAAGCACAAGAACGGCUUCUGGGUGGAGGUGGCCAUGGCGGUGGGGUCCCGCUCUGCAGAGGAGUGCCGUCAGAAGUACGUGGAAGAACAACAGGGAAGAGGGUCCAGAACGCACACCAAGACCACUGCUUCAGGAAAGCCAAGACAGGAAGAAAAGAAAGAGCCGGUUCCCAUAACUGCCAGAGUGGGAACCUUCAAAAGGAAGCAGCAGAUGAGAGAUUUCCUGGACCAUCUACCUAAGGACAACCAUGAUGAUAUUUUCACUGCGACACCCUUUCAGAACAGAAGAGUCAAGCUACCAAUGUUCCAGGGAAGCCACGAUGACGACGAUGACGACUUUGCACUUAUGGACAACCCAAUCACCCCCUCGUCGGCCGUCUUCCCACCCGUGAAGACCCCUCAGUGUGGCCACAUCAGCCCUGGCAUGCUGGCGCCCAUCAACAGGAAUGACUGUGACCGGCACGUGUUCCGGAUGCAGAAGAAUACACGGGGCAGCAGGCGCACCUGGGACAAAGUCAAGAAGAAGUCGGCCGGAGGGGCGCUCGCUACGCCGGCGUCCAGCAGAACCGCGUUCCGCUUUGAGAACAGGGCGAAGCAGAGCUCUGUGGUGGAGCAGCUCUUUGCAGCCAAGGCGGCCGACUCAUCGGACGAAGAGCAGGACGAUUCCUAUUUCUCCACUUCAUGAACUUUGAGGAUUUCAUGAGCUCAGCGCUCUGUGCCGCCCUCU